AUGUCUUCUGACCCAGAAAAGCAUGGGGAGAGCUCUCGCUCUCCCGCCAUAGAAGUAUCAUCAUCAACCCCGCCACUCCCUCCUGCGGGCCACAAUCCGCCGGCAGACAAUUCGCCCGAGGCGAUGGAGCAAGCUAUCAAUGCCAUCUCUUCACCCCCUCCCGACUCUCAAGAGAAUCUCGACACGGUACUCGACCUAGCACAAAUGUCCGGACUAUCCCCCUUUUCAGCGUCGAGACCUACGCUCCACUCGCGGGAUUCGACAGCGCUGAGCUCGAGCUCGUCCGGGAUGGCGAGUGUGACGAGCUCAGAGGGAGGGGAUCAUUUGGCCGAGGCGAGGGAUCUUUUGAUCCACAGCGGACCGUCAAGCCGGGAAAGUCCCGAGGAGGAUGAGGUUCAAUUCGAUCUGACGGUGGUUGGCGCGACUCCGCCCAUGGCAGCAGCAGAUGAGGAUCGGGGAAGGCGGCCAGACGUGGCAAGGGAGCAAUCAUGGGACAGUGUGUGGCCCACACCAGAUACGCUUGCUCGAGCAAAUAGCUCGCUCGAUACCAGCGCACGUUAUCCUCUCGCCCCAGUGUCCCCCUUCGUUACCCCCUCCUUCUCGCCCGCCGUCUUUCCCUUCGCCUCGUCCUCCCGCGCUGCUCCUCCAGCGGUCAGGCGUUCGACGUCGCCGGCACGGCGGUCCGAAUCGCCUCUCCGCCGACCCAGCCCUCUCACGGUCCACUCGGAAACGUUUGAAUCACCCAGCUUCACCUUUGGUCGGCGCCAAUCCAUCACGGCGGAUCGUCCUCCUCUUGCUCACCCCAGCAUAUCGGCGUCCAACAUUACCAUUUCCAAACAUCAGCGCUCCUUUUCCUCCUCCUCCGACCUGUCGCCCAAUUCCCGCAACUUUGGACGAUCCAGUCCACCUUCCAGUCCAGGUAGACCGCCGGAUCGGAAAAAUACCGGUUCUACUUCUCGCCUAUCGGACGUGGGCUCGCCCAAGUCGUUGCGGCCGCGCGGUCACUCCUUCACUAUGCGGAAUAGUCCCGGCGGAGCAGCGCGUCGUCCUCUCGACGACGACAUCCCGCCGCUGGAGACGGGUCUCCCACCUGCAGUUGCGACAUCGCCCUUGCUAGAGUCUCGCUUUCCGGAGGAUGAUGGGAUCGGACGCCUCCCAGAAAUACCUGCAAAACGCGCGCCGUCCCCCGUCUUCUCGCCAGUUGCUCGCCCGGUCGGUCUGCGGCGGGCAUUGUCGGAUUUUGACGCGCGCAAGCCGCGCAGCAGCUCGACGUCGUUGACGCGCUCGUCCAGCUUGUCCUCGGAGCUGGACCAGAGUCGAGAUAUCCCCCCAAAACCCAUCUCGCCGGAACCUUUCGAAGACGAGGAGGAACCUCCAGUCGCCAUGCACAUGGGUGACGUCUCACUCGUCGACGAGGGGGAUGUGCUUCCCCAGGAACAGGACCUGUAUAUCGACAUUACGUUUGAAGACGAGGGUCUCAACACGCUGGAACGGAUAUUCCUCCUGUCCAAGUCGGACUUUGCCUUUCACCGCGCAUACAUUGCCCGGGUGAUUGGCGACCUCCUCUAUGACGUCGAUCCGUGCGAGUCGGUCGAGUACGUUCUGCCGCUCAUCAACUCGUUCAUGCUGGAUGAUGAUGAAGGGGUGCGCGAGGCGUUUGCGCAGGAUCUGCACAGGAUCAUCUGGUACUAUUACUCGGUGUGUAGGAUCGGGCCGCCGGGGUCCGAGCCGCAUGCUAUGGAGUGGGAGGGGAUGGCUGGCGAGGCGUACGCAGAGGAUAGUGGAGAGGUCGUGGAAGGCGGUGAAGGCGGAGAGGAAGGCGGAGGCGGAGAGGAAGGCGGAGGCGGAGAGGAAGGCGGAGGCGGAGAGGAAGGCGGAGGCGGAGAGGAAGGCGGAGGCGAAGAGGAAAGCGAGGAGGGAUACUUUGACCCGCCGCCCGUCCGCCGACGUAGCGUCCACCGGGACGAUUCGGACCAGACCGUCACCAUCACCUCGGAAGGCGUCGACAUUGUCGACAAGCCCACCCCAGAGGAGAUCAAGGCGGCUCCGCGAAUGGCUUCUCCUCCUGCCUCCCUCCACAGCGGACCUACGAGCGAUGCCUCGUCGUUGAGCCGGACCGCGUUGACCGCCUUCGACAGCGAGGGCGGCACCGGAACAACGGAAUCCAGCGUCUCUCCGUCGUACCCGGUCGAGCCGUACUUGGUCAACCCCGAACAAGAGACGGAACCCGGACCCCUCGUCGAUCGCCCCUCCCUCCCCGUCGACUUUUUCACUCCCCUCCUCGGCAGUCUCCUCCUCAACGUCAAUACCGUCAUCUCUGAAUCUGCUCGAUCCGGCAUCGUCUACAUCAUUGCCCGACUCAAAGGCAAAGACAAGGCGGAUUGGCCGCCUGAUCGGUGGGGGACCUUCUCGCGCGAUCCCAAAGACAAGGUGUCGUUUGGGAGUCAGGAGGGGCCACACUGCCACGAAUUUCUGCCCAUCCCCGACGACGAGCGGGAUAUGAUUGAAAGGGAGCUACUGGAGGGAAUUGUGGUGGGGGUGGGGUCAUUGUCGACCGAGCUACCCGAGUACGACGACUUGACGUUGGAGGACGGUCAAGCGGCGCUGGAUAAUUAUGCAGCAUCGACGAGCUCGCUCGGCUCGGCGGCGGCCAAAGAGCGGGAGGCGUACCAGUACCAACUCAAUGCCGAGGCGGAGACGGGGCGAGCUACCAGCGUGAACCUCAUCGGGGCAUUGUGUGACUUUUACACUGCCCCCGAGGUUCUCGCUUGGGGAUUUAUCGAGGAGGUUUUGCGGUGUCAAGAUGGGGAUUUGGCGAUCAGAGCGGAAGGAGCGGUCGCGCUGAGCAUGCUCGCCAAGGUUGCCCCGUCGGAUCAUAUCGACAGCUUUAUUCCCCUCUUCGAAGCACUCGCCAACGACGAGUCGCCCGAGGUCCGCCAGUCAGCCUGCCUCGUCAUCGCCCCAUUGUGUCGCAGGAUACAAGAUCACGCCGCCCGCCGGUCCUUUGCCAUUGACGGGAUGCACGCUUUGACAACAUUCAACGCGGAUGUCCGGUGCGCCGCCCUCGAGGCGCUCGGCGAGUUGAUAUAUGUCUUUGCGGACGAUCCGGAGGGACCGCCCGCGGAGUUGUUGCAGCUCUUUAUGGAUGAGGAGGAUUUGCAGCGGGGCUUUUCGGAUGAUUGGGAUACCGUGGCGAGCUUCAACUUCCCCGGUGUCGCCCUUACUCUCGGUCCGGAGCGCUGGUCCCACAUCCAGUCUUUAUACCACCGCAUGAAUGAACGGGCGACUCAAAAGCCUCGGCGGACCCUCGCCGCCUCCCUGCACGAACUCGCCAAAAUCCUCACACCCGAGCAAUGCGCCCAGGACCUCAUGCCGGUCUUUCGUACCUGCAUCACCGGCGCCGACGAGAGUCGCGAGCUCGUCUUUGAGCACGUCGACGUAUUCUUUGCCCAUCUCCCCCUCCCCCUCGCUUGGUCCACCUACCUCGAGCUCGCCCGGGGCUGGAAGGCCAAUACCCUCGGCGGAUGGCGCGCUCGGGAACAGCUCGCCCUGCAUAUCCCGGCGUUCUUCAAAACCUUUCACUCGCUCAUGGAGGAUGAGAUCUUGGGGAUGCUUCAGGAUGCGCUUCUGGACCCUUUUGCUGCGGUACGGGAUGCCGCGACGAAAGGCAUCCCCGAGAGCUACGAGAUUUUGGGGGACGAGUCGGACAUUGCGCGGCGUUUCAGGGAUGAUCUGCUGGACUUGGGGAGAAGUCCAAAGUUCAGGCAGCGGCAGACGUUUGUGCGGUGCUUGCGGGAGUUUGUCAAGCCCCCGCCAAAUCGACAGGCCUUUGAGGACUUUUUCCUGCCUUUCCUGGCGAGUCUGAGCAAGGACGUGGUGGAUGUGAGGCUGGGAUUGGCGCAGACCGUGGCGGAUCUUUUCGUAGUAGGUGCAUUCUACGCAGACAAGACCCAUGCACCGAAAGCCAUUUACGAUCUGGCCCGUCUCCUCGCCGAGGAUGAGGCCAUCGACGUACGGGACACCAUCAAGCACGUCAAUCUGGACCACCUCGAGACCAGUGAUACGGUCCCGUACGAGGUCAAAUCACCCCAGGCCGUCAAGCGGGCCGUCACACCUAGCGACCUGGUCCCGGACCACGCCCCCGUCCAGCCCAUCCCCGAGCACACCCUGCGGAAACCCUCUCCAACCUUUGCCAACCCCCCUCUCCCCUCCAGUCAGCUCCGAGGCGACUCGUUCCGCCAUCGUAUCCGGAUCGACCGCCAUCCCUCUCCCGAUGCCAUUAGCGAGGCGCCGCGGUACAACCCGGCUCUUCUGACCCCCACCACUCCCGGUACCCCAUCCCGUGGAACAAGAAGAAGACGGACAGAAGGAGGAGAGGGGCAUUAUCUAUCCACACCAUCCCCGAAUGAGCCGCCCACUGGGACGGAUCCGUUCAGCAUGUCGUUUGGCGAGGCGACGCCAAAUGUCAGUCCGGCGGUCAGUGUGAGAAGUUUAGAGUCGCCGGGAGGGAGUCCGGCCGAGAGAUAG